AUGGGAUUUUUUCGUGUCACAAUAUAUAGCAUAAUAGCGGGUGUUUUUCUAUUUGCCCUUGCUUAUGACAUUGUUUACAUGCCACGAAUUGGGCAUGCAUGGUGGAUUUAUAAAUUAGUGAUGUUAACAAUGAUUAACUUGGUUUUACAAGCAGUAUAUUACUCAAUUUGUUUUGUAUGUGCAAUUAUGGAUGUUGCGCAAGAUAAAGCAGAUUAUGGACCGCAUAGAAAACAUCCAUCUACACCAAGUUAUUGGCGAAAUUCAAAACUUCAUCAAAUCUCAGAUUUCAUGUAUUUUACCAGUGUCUUACCUGUUGGUGUUACGACUUGUUUACUUUUUUGGGGUUUAUAUGCUUUGGACCCAUAUUUGGUAAUACCUCAAUGGGCUGAAAAUCUUAUUCCUCCAUUUAUGAACCACAUCACACAUACCGCACCUAUACCAUUUAUUUUGGUUGAUACUUUAUUAACGUGUCAUCGUGCACCUUCACGUAAGCUUGGCAGCGCUAUCAUCGUCGGCUUAGUAACUUUUUAUUUUGCUAUUAUAUUUGGAGUACGAUAUUGGGAUAAUUACUGGCUUUAUCCAUUUAUGGAUUAUUUGACAACUACUGCAUUCUUCAUACUAUUUGUAACAUCAUGCUUCUUUUUGUGGUUAUUGUAUAUUAUUGGGGAUGAAAUGAAUGUUAUGCUUUGGGGUGCUGCAACGCAUUCUGAGGUUUCGAGCAAAAAAGAAUAG